UUGCUGUAUUGAUGGAGAGUACUUUGGGAGGUGAAGCGGGAAGGUUCCUGGGGAAUCGUGAUAGAUUACAGAUUUGCAGCAUUGACUCAGCGCAACAUGACAAGGAGUUUUUACAGUCCUCGUACAUGUAUUAACUUGACGAUGCAAAUACAUUUUCCUUGUGUUUUGCUUCUCUUUCCUUCUCCCUUUCACUUUGUGCAUCUGAUAUUUUUCUUCAGGAAAUAUGUUCUGGAUGACCCUAGUCUCACGUUCUUUGUAAAAUCUCUGUCUGGAUAUGAUGCAUAUGGGAUCCAGCAAGCUCAAAGUCUCCUACACGUGUUCUACUAAGGGAGGAAGGAGACGAGCAAAGCAGAAGCAGUUUUCAAAUCCUUGUGGUUUAUAAUAAUCACAUAGAGAGAUAUCACUUGCCGUCUAUCUUAACAACAGCUACCACUUUUAAUUCUGUAAGGAAUGUCAACCUUUAAAUGCAGGGUAAUUUUUGACUUAAGAAAGCAUCUUAACAUCUUUAACCACUGCCAUUCAGCGAUUGUUAUACAACUAGUAUCCUAGACAGUCUUUGAGAUCUUCUCCUGAGUAUUAUUCCUGCUGAAGAGAAGUUACAGGGUAAUUUUUUGAUCACUAGAAAAUGCAUCCAGAUGGUUGCUUUUGUACAUUUCUUUUCAACAACAGUGGAGUCCUUAUUUACCGCCUGGAGCUCUGUAGCUGCUUCGGGGUUGUGUGGUGCAGCUUUGAGAAGGAAUAGUCCUACAGCGUUAACUUGUUCUCAGCAAAAGUGGUACCAGAGGAUUCAGCAGUAGGAAGUUUGUCACGUUCUAAUUCUAGCUCUGCUGCUGAGUCAUUCGGCGACUUUGGUCUGACUGUGAGGUCCCCAUCUCCUUUCAUCACAUUUGAAAGAGCCAUACCUCCGGAGGCUAGGUGGCAGAGAAUGCCCAUACUCAGAGGCUACUUUGAAGAUGUUUAUAAACAAAAAGAUAACGUUAAGAUGACCUUACUAUUAGUGAUGGUCAUCAGUUGAAUGACAAAGAGGGUGCCAGGUCUCCUGGCUGGUUUCAGUCUGACCGACUCACUUUCUGGACUUUUGUAGAGCAUGGCGGCCGUAGAAAGUGGAUGGGUUUUCCAGCUUUCCUGAGUGGGAGCAGAUGUGAACUGUACCCAUGGCACACUGAAGCCACUGCACUGCGCCUGCAUGGUGUCAGAUGCUGACUGUGUGGAGUUACUCCUGGAAAAAGGAGCUGAGGUGAAUGCCCUGGAUGGUUACAACCGAACAGCCCUCCACUAUGCAGCUGAGAAAGAUGAGGCUUGUGUGGAGGUCCUCUUGGAGUAUGGCGCAAACCCCAACGCGCUGGAUGGCAACCGAGAUACCCCACUUCACUGGGCAGCCUUUAAGAACAAUGCUGAGUGUGUGCGGGCCCUCCUGGAGAGUGGGGCUUCUGUCAAUGCCCUGGAUUAUAACAACGAUACCCCGCUCAGCUGGGCUGCCAUGAAGGGAAAUCUGGAGAGCGUCAGCAUCCUUCUUGAUUACGGAGCAGAAGUCAGAGUCAUCAACCUAAAAGGCCAGACACCCAUCUCCCGCCUGGUGGCUCUAUUAGUCAGGGGACUUGGAACAGAGAAAGAAGACUCUUGCUUUGAGCUUCUCCACAGAGCUGUUGGACACUUUGAAUUAAGGAAGAAUGGCACCAUGCCACGGGAAGUGGCCAGAGACCAGCAGCUGUGUGAAAAACUGACUGUUCUGUGCUCAGCCCCGGGGACUCUAAAAACACUGUCUCGCUAUGCUGUGCGCCGGAGUUUGGGCCUCCAGUAUCUGCCAGAUGCAGUGAAGGGCCUUCCACUGCCAGCCUCUCUGAAGGAAUACCUCUUACUUGUGGAAUAGGCUGGAGAAGUUGUUUGCACCAUCAGGCAGGCAACUCUGGGUGAGAUUUUUCCCUGUGGUACUGUCUCUUUGUCUUGGAAAACAGGAAAAGCAGUUGUUCCUGUUGUGUGGUUUAUAUUUAGAGGCAACAUGUCACAACAGUCACCUCCACACCACCUCCCCUCCCCAAACCAAGCAACCAAACAAACAAACAAAAAAAUCCCUCACUUUUGUUUUCUCUUUAUUGCUUACUCGGCUUUUUAUAUUGCACCCUGCAAGCGAAGAGGUCUCCCCCUACCCCCCUCCCCCCUUUAGGGAAAAAGUCAACAAUGCAACUGAAUUCUCUAGGAAGAUGAAGAGUAUUUAAAGAGUGUGUGUUUAGUUUUCCUUUGGGAACAUGAUUAACAUUUCAGAAGAAUCCCUCUAGAAACAUUUUAACUGGUCAGUGAAGAAGUCUAAGAAAAGUCCAGCUAACAAAUGUGGCCCAAAGGUGAAGAUACUAAAAGCUCAAAUGGUGUGCAGAUUCACAGUUGGGCUGGAUGAUAUUCCUAGAGUGCCACGUCAUGGAGCAUUCAGAAGGGACUGGCCCCCUCUCUCACCAUCAAAGGAAACAGCGGUCUUAGCCUCUUUUCCAUGGGUGUGCCCGAGGGUUCCAGUAGUUCAGCAGUGUUAUUUCAGAACUAACAUUUUCUUACUGCUUUCCACAUAGUAUAAGAGGUAGCAGGUUCUGAGCAGUCCUAAGAACUUUUCUAACGCAGUUCUUUCUCUUGGUGAAUGCCAGUUUGCUCCAAUGG